AUGCCCAAUAGGGUAUGUCUUUGUAGUCAGCUCCCAAGGGAGGCUUGGACCAGCCUAGUGUUCAAGAACGGAACUCAGCAGAAAAUGUCUCGAGUAGAGAACUUAUGGGAGCGGUUAGUAAGGGCUGCAUUAAGGAGGGAGAGAAUUGGGACUGAUGCAUUUGGUCGGCCGGUUGGUGGUAUUGCUGGAUAUGUUCCGUCUUCGCUUACAAAUAAUAGGGAUAUAGAUGCAAUUUUGAGAGCAGCGGAUGAGAUUCAAGAUGAAGAUCCAAACCAAAAGCUAGCAAAGAGGGAGGGUGGAACCAUAGAUAGAAGCCAGGAUAUUGCUCGGCUGCAAGAGUUCUACAAGCUGUAUAGAGAGAAAAAUGACGUAGACAAGCUACGAGAAGAAGAAAUGCAGCUGAGGGAGUCUGGUGCUUUCAGUGGAAACCUUGGCGUGUUGGAGCGGAAGACAGUAAAGAGGAAGAGAGUUUUUGCAACUCUGAAAGUUUUAGGAUCUGUACUUGAGCAACUAACAAGUGAAAUUCCUGAGGAGCUUAAGCGAAUGAUUGAAUCAGAUGCUGCCAUGACUGAGGACCUUAUUGCCUAUAACAUUAUUCCACUGGAUGGUCAAACUAUGACAAAUGCUAUUGUGGCUUUCCCUGAGGUACGAGCAGCAGCAACAGCUCUGAAGUAUUUUCAGGGCCUGCCACAAUUACCUGUGGAUUUUCCUAUUCCUGCUACAAGGAGUCCUGAUAUGCUUGAUUUUCUGCACUAUAUUUUUGGAUUUCAGAAAGACAAUGUUUCAAACCAACGGGAACAUGUAGUUCACCUCCUUGCAAAUGAACAAUCUCGACUUGGCAUCCCUGAUACAACUGAACCGGACUUGAUUUCAGAUUAUGUUAAGGUUUUGAACAAGUUUGUCUUCUUAGAACUUUUUUUUCCAUAUGAUGUCAUCAAAUCAAUAUUUGCCAUUCGCUCCUGGUUUUUUCAGAAAUUGGAUGAGGCUGCUGUGCAGAAGGUAUUCAUCAAGUCACUCGAUAAUUACAUUAAAUGGUGCAGCUACUUGUGCAUUCAACCAGUGUGGAGCAAUUUGGAGGCUGUAAGCAAGGAAAAGAAGUUACUCUUCCUUUCCCUGUACUUCCUAAUAUGGGGUGAAGCUGCUAAUGUCAGAUUUCUUCCAGAAUGCCUUUGCUACAUAUUUCAUCAUAUGGUAAGGGAAAUGGAUGAGAUUUUGAGGCAGCAAAUUGCUCAGCCAGCAAAUAGCUGUAAUAUUAAGGAUGAGAAUCGUGUAUCAUUCCUUGAUCAAGUUAUCACUCCUCUGUAUGAGGUUGUUGCCGCGGAAGCGGGAAACAAUGACAAUGGACGAGCACCUCACUCUGCUUGGAGAAAUUACGAUGAUUUUAAUGAGUAUUUUUGGUCACUUCAUUGCUUUGAACUCAGCUGGCCAUGGCGCAAGAAUUCAUCCUUUUUCCAGAAACCAAAACCAAGGACAAAGUAUCUGCUUAAAACUGCUGGAAGUCAGCGCAGAGGGAAAACUUCGUUUGUUGAGCACCGAACAUUUCUUCAUCUUUACCAUAGUUUCCACCGUCUGAAAGCUCUCCAGGAAGAGAGUAAACAAAAUUCAAGUUCAGUUUUGUUCAGGUUGUACGUGAUUGUUGUAGGCAUCUAUGGUGGUGUCCAGUUUUUUCUUAGUUUCUUCAUGCGUAUACCAGCUUGCCACCAUAUGACUAAUCAGUGUGAUCACUGGCCCUUUAUUCGCUUCAUAAAGUGGAUGCGCCAGGAGCGCUAUUAUGUUGGGCGUGGCAUGUAUGAAAGGACUAGUGACUUCAUUAAGUACAUGCUCUUUUGGCUGGUUGUUUUGGGUGGAAAGUUCUCAUUUGCCUAUUUCCUUCAGAUCCAGCCCUUGGUGAAACCGACUAGGGCUAUUGUGGAUAUGACUGAUAGCCUGCAAUAUUCUUGGCAUGAUCUUGUAUCUAAAAGUAAGCCUGUGGUUUUGUUCGAUGUGGCAACAUUCUGUUUAUUAGCUUAUGAAUGCAUAACUCAUGGUGAAUUCUCUGUCAUUGCAGAUAAUCAUAAUGCCUUGACAGUUGUUAGCUUAUGGGCUCCAGUGAUUGCUAUCUAUCUUUUGGAUAUCCAUGUGUUCUACACAAUUAUAUCUGCUAUUUAUGGAUUUUUGCUUGGAGCAAGAGACCGCCUUGGGGAAAUUAGAUCUUUGGAAGCUGUUCACAAACUUUUUGAGGACUUUCCUGGAGCUUUUAUGAAUAGUGUUCAUAUCCCACUCUCCAACAGGCAUGAUUUUGUUGAUUUUCUUUCCCACCCAUUAGCAAGAUAUCGUGAUCUCAAUUAUUUUCAGUUGUUUUCCUCUUCUUUUUCAUUAUGCCUGUCAUCUGAAAGCAAUCUCUUCUUUGCAGAAGUUCACGCAGCUCUUCAAACUGUUGUGGAGAAGAGAAAAAUUGAUGCUGCUAGUUUCGCGCCCUUUUGGAAUGAGAUCAUACACAAUUUAAGGGAAGAAGAUUAUAUUUUUUUGGCUAAAGAUAUGGUGGAUGGGAGUUAUUCACAAGAUGAGCUGCGGGAACGGAUUUCAAGAGAUGACUAUAUGAAGUAUGCAGUUGAGGAGGGCUACCAUGCCCUUAGAUAUAUCUUGACAGAAAUUUUGGAGGGCGAAGGAAGGAUGUGGGUAGAAAGGAUAUAUGCAGAUAUCGAAGACAGUAUUGCAAAGAGGACUAUUCAUGUUGAUUUUCGGCUAAAUAAGCUUUCACUUGUAAUUACACGAGUUAUUGGACUACUGGGAAUUCUGAAAGCUGAAAAACCAGACCUGGAAAAAGGUGCUGUUAAGGCUGUUCAAGAUCUGUAUGAUGUGGUGCGGCAUGAUGUCCUUUCUAUCGACAUGAGGGAGCACUAUGAGACAUGGAAUUUUCUGUCAAAAGCAAGAGCUGAAGGUCGUUUGUUUACAAACUUGAAGUGGCCAAGAGAUCCAGAGUUGGAUAUGCAGAGAACACAAAUCAAGAGAUUGUAUUCGCUUUUAACAAUCAAAGAUUCUGCUGCAACUAUCCCCAAAAAUAUUGAAGCCAGGAGGAGGCUAGAAUUCUUUACAAAUUCCCUUUUCAUGGAUCUGCCUGUACCAAGGCCAGUUCGUGAGAUGCUGUCCUUCAGUGUGUUCACUCCAUAUUAUUCUGAGACUGUUCUUUAUAGUUUGAAUGAACUUCAAAAGAAAAAUGAGGAUGGAAUAUCAACUUUGUUUUACCUCCAGAAAAUAUAUCCAGAUGAGUGGAAGAACUUUCUUGGUCGAAUUGGUCGGGAUGAGAACGCACCAGACACAGAGCUCUUUGAUAGCCCUAAUGACAUCCUUGAACUUCGGUUUUGGGCCUCUUACAGGGGACAAACAUUAGCCAGAACUGUCCGUGGGAUGAUGUACUAUAGGAAAGCUCUAAUGCUUCAGUCUUAUUUGGAAAGGGUGGCCUCUGGAGAUGUGGAAGCUGCAGUUUCAUAUAAUGAUUCAAAUGAUACUAAAGGCUUCGAGUUGUCUCCGGAAGCACGAGCGCUAGCUGGUUUAAAGUUUACUUAUGUGGUUACUUGUCAAAUAUAUGGAAAGCAGAAAGAGGACCAAAAACCUGAGGCUGCUGAUAUUGCGUUGCUCAUGCAAAGAAAUGAAGCACUUCGUGUUGCUUUCAUCGAUGAGGUUGAAUCUUUGAAGGAGGGUAAAGUGCAGAAAGAAUUCUAUUCAAAGCUUGUGAAAGCUGAUAUCAAUGGAAAAGAUAAGGAAAUCUACUCUGUAAAAUUGCCUGGGAAUCCAAAACUUGGAGAAGGAAAACCUGAGAAUCAAAACCAUGCAAUUAUAUUUACUCGUGGAAAUGCAAUUCAGACAAUUGAUAUGAAUCAGGAUAAUUAUUUUGAGGAGGCCUUGAAGAUGAGAAAUCUGCUGGAAGAAUUCCAUCAAGAUCAUGGUAUUCGUCUUCCAACCAUUCUUGGUGUUAGGGAACAUGUAUUUACGGGAAGUGUCUCUUCUUUAGCCUUAUUUAUGUCAAAUCAGGAAACUAGCUUUGUAACUCUUGGUCAGCGUGUUCUGGCUAAUCCUUUAAAGGUUCGAAUGCAUUAUGGACAUCCAGAUGUUUUUGACAGAGUUUUCCACAUAACACGGGGUGGUAUUAGCAAGGCCUCUCGUGUUAUCAAUAUCAGGUUCAAUUCAACUCUACGCCAAGGAAAUAUUACCCAUCACGAGUAUAUUCAGGUUGGCAAAGGACGAGAUGUUGGUCUCAAUCAGAUAGCUGUAUUUGAAGGGAAGGUUGCUGGUGGUAAUGGUGAGCAAGUUCUUAGUAGGGAUGUCUACAGGCUUGGACAGCUUUUUGAUUUCUUUCGAAUGAUGUCAUUCUACUUUACCACUGUGGGAUACUACUUUUGUACAAUGUUGACGGUGCUGACUGUAUACGCUUUUCUUUAUGGGAAGGCAUAUUUGGCACUAUCUGGAGUAGGUGAACAAAUUCAAGUUCGAGCACGGGUAAUGGACAACACGGCCCUGAGUGCCGCUAUGAAUACUCAAUUUCUCUUUCAAAUUGGUGUUUUUACUGCUGUGCCAAUGGUUUUGGGUUUCAUCUUGGAGCAGGGAUUCUUGAGGGCUGUUGUCAGUUUCAUCACAAUGCAGCUUCAGCUCUGCUCUGUCUUCUUCACAUUUUCAUUGGGCACAAAGACACAUUAUUUUGGUAGGACCAUUCUUCAUGGCGGUGCAAGGUAUCAAGCCACUGGUAGAGGAUUUGUUGUCCGCCAUAUUAGAUUUUCUGAAAACUACAGGCUUUACUCCCGCAGUCAUUUUGUCAAAGGACUAGAAGUUGUACUUUUGCUGGUUGUGUACCUUGCAUACGGCUAUAACGAAGGUGGUGCAUUAGCUUACAUUCUUCUUACAGUCAGCAGUUGGUUUAUGGCUCUAUCUUGGCUUUUUGCUCCGUAUUUGUUCAAUCCAUCUGGAUUUGAGUGGCAAAAGACAGUGGAGGACUUCAGGGAUUGGACAAAUUGGCUUUUUUACAGAGGUGGAAUUGGGGUCAAGGGACAAGAAAGCUGGGAAGCUUGGUGGGAGGAAGAACUGUAUGGUGUUGUAUACAAGCUUGAUAUUCAAGGAACUGAUACAUCAUUAUCGGUAAUACAUCUCUUAAAAAGUCUCUUGAACCAGUUUUCUUGGGACAUGUAUUUGGUUUCUGAAAUGGCUAUUUUGCCUCUUAAUGCAGUGUAUGGCUUCUCGUGGAUUGUGCUAGCUGUCCUUAUAAUUCUUUUCAAGGUGUUCACUUUCAGUCAGAAGAUCUCCGUCAAUUUCCAGCUUUUGUUGCGCUUCAUACAAGGUGCCACCUUCUUGUUGUCAUUGGCUGGUUUAGUUGUAGCAGUUGUGGUUACAGACCUGUCAGUUUCUGACAUAUUUGCGAGCAUCUUAGCCUUUAUUCCUACUAUAUGGGGAAUUUUAUCUAUUGCAUCUGCUUGGAAACCCUUGAUGAAACGGAUGGGAUUAUGGAAAUCCAUCCGUUCAAUUGCCCGUCUAUAUGAUGCUGGAAUGGGGAUGCUUAUCUUCAUCCCAGUUGCACUCUUUUCUUGGUUUCCUUUUGUGUCAACCUUCCAAACUCGGCUCAUGUUCAACCAGGCCUUCAGUCGAGGAUUGGAAAUCUCUCUCAUUCUCGCCGUCAGCCAGGUAAUUAGUGGGCUUGGGCCUUAUCCUGAUUGCAAGCAUGAAGGCAGUAUCGAAGGGACACUUGAUCCUAGAUAUGAUUUACAAGUUCAUUUGGAAGGACCGGAGGAAGAUUCCAUCCUUCGUUCUACUUCUAUCCUAUCAUGCAAACUCUUGUGUUGUGAACUGAAGAUGUUCACAUCAGCCACCACCGUCGAUCAUGAAUCAGCAGCCACAGCAAUUGAUGAGUCAUCCACUGCCGAUUCAGACGCCUCAGAUUUCUAUUCAGUCACAGAUGUUGAGUCACAGUCAAGCCAUGAAUCAACAACAGGCGUUGAUGAUGAUGAAUCAGAGACCUUUCAAGCAGUUUCAAAAUCAGCAGCAAAAUCCUUUGAACCAAGAAGCAGCAACAACAGCAACUGGAAGGGUAAAAAUGUCAGCAACAAAAGAAUGGAAAUUCCCAAUAAUAACCUUGCUUUAUCCGGUGGUGUUGGCGGCGGAGGUGGAGGGUACAAGCCACCGAGUUUGAAUGAAUUGCAAACCCAAAACAGAAUGAAAGCUCGGAAAUAUUAUCAUCCGAAGAAGAAAUUUAAUAACCGGUUUGCGCCUUAUGCGCCGCGGAAUACUACGUCGUUUAUUAUCCGGGCAAAAAAAUCUGGUGGGAUUGCUUCUUUGGUUUCGCCGUGUCCGGUGACUCCGGCAGUGUUGCCGACUCCGAUAUUUUCACCUUCAAGGGAGGUGUUAGGUGAUAUGGCGAAGGAGGAGUGGGGUGUUGAUGGUUAUGGAUCGAUGAAGGGUUUGAUUAGGUUGAGGUCACCGGGAAAUGAAGCCAAUGAGGACGAGGAAGACGAGGAGGGAAAUGGGUCGAGUGAGAGUGAUGUGGAGGAGCAUGUGGAAGUGGAGAGGAGACUGGAUCAUGAUUUGAGUAGGUUUGAGAUGAUUUACCCGAGUGCAGGUGGUGGGGAGUAUAUUCAUAAUAAUGUUUUGGAGAAUAGGGUUGAUGAUCAGGACACGCAUAUAGCCCAAUUGGAAGAAGAGAAUUUGACUUUGAAAGAGAGGUUGUUUUUGAUGGAGAGGGAGUUGGGGGAUUUGAGGAGGAGGCUGCAGUUUUUGGAGAGGCAGCAGCCUCAUCAUGGUCAAAGUAGCAGUGCUAUGGUUGUGGAAGAUGUUAAUGAGGAGGUUGUGGAGAACGUUUCUGAGAAUGAGAGUGAUGGAGGAUCGGAUAUUGGUGGGAAUACUGGAGGUGAUGGCAAUGAGGAGGUGAUGGAGUAUGUUGGUGGAAAUGAACUGAGUAGGAAUAUUGGCGGUCGUGUUAAGGAGCAGACUAAAGAUGUUUGUAUGGAAGAGAAUGUACCUGAUGACCAAGUUAUUGUAAAACAUGAGGUUAAGGAUGAGAAGGCAGGUGGUGGAUUUGUAGCAAGUGAUGAAGUGAUGGUUAAGGAAAGCGAAGUUAAGGACGUAGAAAAAGAAGACAGGUUUGUAGCUACUGAUGCGGAAACAUUGAAGGUUGAAGCAAAGGAUGAAGAAAGGGAAACUGAAGUUUUAGCAGACAGGCUGGUUGCAAAGGAGGAGCAGCAGCCUGUACGGAGAGUCGAUUCUGACUUUUUGCUGGCCACACGGACUGGCUACCAAUCCACUGCAUGUCCAUUCUCAGUUGCGUAA